UUUAUAGUUAAAAGUUGACUACCUUUUUAUACAACCGGCUCCUGAUGGAUGUUUUUUAGGAGCGCCCUUGAAGUUGAACUUCGACAACUUGGCAUGGAAUGAUGAUGGACGAACAUUGUAAACUAAAAAGCGGAGAAAUCUUUCAAAAUUAUGCUUGUUUACUUAACUGCGUUGAUGGAAAGUCUGAUAAAUUCUACCGCAUUCAAUUGUUAAGAAACGUCAACGGGUUUCACGUGUGGACAAGAUGGGGUCGAAAUGGAACAGAGGGACAAAGCAAACUAGAAGGUCCUAUUAGCCAAGCAGAUGCUGUGAAAAACUUUGAGAAGAAAUUUAUGGAGAAGACCAAAAAUGCCUGGAAUAAGCGUGAACAGUUUAAGGCUGUGAAGGGAAAAUAUACUUUAGUAGAGAAGACCAGUGGUUGUGUGAGAAAGGCCUUGCAGAAGCCUGACCUUCCAGCUGAUCUUUCAUCAAACAUGCAAUUGCCAGUUGAUAUAUUGUACACCAUCUUAUUACACCUUUCUCUGCGAGAUGUUUUAAGAUGCGUUCAAGUCUGCAAAGCUUGGAAGAUAUUGUUAGAUGACAAGUAUUUUUGGAAGAUGUACAUACAAAGAAAUUUUGAUCUUGGAAUUAAGUGUGACUUUUCAAAUGAAGGUCCAAUGGCACAGUGGUCAGCUGCAGAUAAAUGGUAUUGUUACUUUGAAGAUGAUGUAGACAAUGUAGAUGAUAUCUAUGUUAUGCGUCCACUCCCCUCCAUGUGGAACUGUCGAGUUGUUCAUCCCAAUGGCUUAGAUCCUUUGUCUGGUGAUGUCAAAACCUUGCAAGGUUUAUGCCGUUCCCUUGAAAUAUUGAUCUACAUGAGAAGUGAAUCGUCACGGUUGGAAAUGUCCAAUGGCACCCAAUGUUCAGCAAAUGAAGGGAAUGAUGAUAUAUGUGCUGUGUUAUUUCCAUGGGACAAGGAAGAUCUACCAACACCACUUGAACUGCUAGACGAAAUCUUCCAUUUUCACCCAGAAAUAUUUGCUUAUUAUACCAAUCAUCCUAAUGAUAAGGGGGAGUUACGAAAAAACAAAUUACACUUUCACCUAGUUCGAGAUAAUACGUCUGAUAGCUCAGAUUAUGAAGAGGACGAGGAACAUGACUUGGACGAAAAGCCAUGUCUUAAUAGGAUUUUUGGAAUGGAUUUCCCUGAUAAAUAUACAAUGUGGAAGUUUGAAGAUUCCCAAAAGUUUUACGAAUGGUUGCAGCCUAUUAUGUAUCCGUCAUUGACUGUAUAUGCUGGUGAAGAUAAAUUUAAUCCUGUUGCAGUGUUCAUGGUGACACACCUUGCCCCAGGAUGGGUAGGUGGUGCUUUAACUGCUGUGACUUAUACCUAAAAAUACAUAAUACAUCAUCAAAAAUGAGUGUACACUUUUUUGUCAACAUUAUUGCCAGCCAUCAUCGACAAAUUUCUCGCGUUAUCUGGAAAUUAAUAUUUCUAACACGAAUUGUGCUUAUUCAAAU